AUGCUCCGCUCGCUACGUCCAAGGUCCGGAACUGCCCUCAAAACCCUGAAACCAUCGAUGCCCCAACAGCGGGUUAGAAUGCUCCACCACAAGGACGACGGCAAGUCCACCGACGCCUCCACGCAGCCGGAUGCCGCCGCCACGACACUGACCGAUAAGUAUGAGCACAAGAGGCUGUCUAACGUGCCCAAGACCGCAAAGGGCUACGAAGCAACAUGGCUUAACGCUCUCGCGGAGCGCCAGAAACAGCUCGCGCAAGGCAAGAUCAUCGAUUCCUAUGUUUACAGUUCUGUCAAGUCCACGGAGGUCGGGGAGAAGACGCGGAAGGAUUCCUUCGCGUAUUUGGCUCUGCCGUUCCGUGAGGACGCUUCUGUUGCGGACUUCUAUGUCAACGCUGCGGGUAGGCUCAGAAUGGGCCAAAUUUUCCAAGAUUUGGAUGCUCUAGCUGGUAGAAUUGCCUACAGACACACUUCUCCUGCUCAGCCUGUCAUUGUCACAGCAUCGGUGGAUCGUAUUUACCUGCUGAAGAGCAUUGAUUUCAUGGCCGAUUACAACAUCGUGCUUUCCGGUUCUGUUGUUUGGACCGGCAGAUCUUCUAUGGAGAUUGCCAUUAAAGCCACUGCGAUUAAGGGUGACCUACCCGCAGAAAUUACAGAAGAUUCCCUUGCUGCAGAAGAUACGUUCUUGACUGCGUCCUUCACGUUUGUCGCUAGAAACCCAGAAACUCACAAAUCUCUAGCUGUGAACAAGCUCUUGCCCCUCAACGAGAAGGAGUGGAUGGACUUCAGGCGCGCCGAGUCGCACAACGCUGCGAAAAAAUUGCGCGCUUCGAAUGAAAGCUUGGACACCAAUCCACCAACGGGAGAGGAAUCUAAAAUCAUCCACAACAUGUGGGUCGCUUCCAAAGAGCUCUCCAAACUAUCUCACAAGCCUCCUAAUGUGAUGUCUAUGAAGGACACCAACGCCAAGUCUACAAUGUUCAUGCAGCCUCAGUACAGAAACAGACAUUCGUAUAUGAUAUUUGGCGGGUACCUAAUGAGACAAACCUUUGAGCUAGCUUAUUGUGCUGCUGCAUCUUUCUCCCAUGCUUUCCCAAGGUUUGUGUCUCUGGACUCUACUCAUUUUAAGGCGCCAGUACCAGUUGGCUCAAUUCUGCACAUGGAUGCUACUGUGGUUCAUACGGAACACUUAUUUGAUAGAAGCUCCAAGCCAAAGGUUACAACUGUCACUCACAAAUCUGCAGAUGGCAAUACAGUUUUCCACUUUGACUCUUCACCCGUCAAUGAGCUCUCUACCCAAAAGGGUGCAUUGUUAUCCAAGCCCGGUACAUUGAUACAGGUUAAGGUCGAUACUAUUGUCCAGGAGCUUGCGUCAGAGAAGAAGAACUCAUCUGGCUCUUUCAUUUACUCAUUUUAUGUCCACCGGGACGCUGAUGAGAAGACUAUUGGUAAGCCAGGCUACACCACGGUCAUUCCCGAAACUUACUCUGAAAUGAUUGAGUACAUCAGUGCUAGAAGACGUGCUAUUGAUACAGCAGCAUACGCCAACACCUUGAGAAGGAACAACAAGUUGUGA